AUGAAGAUGCUUUCCAUUCAACUCGCGACGAUUCUAGGCCUCGCUGGAAUCGUCACCGCCAUCCCGCAGAUGGUGGUUCCCCUCUCCGCCCAAGGCCCUCUGACGACGCCGCCGCCCCUCCGUCCCGUCGCACCGCGUCCGUCUGUUAUCGGAGAUUGCAGUACCGUGACCAUCUGCAGGGAUUUUAUCAACACGUGCGCUAUUAAGUAUGGCGGUUGCCACAGCAUAUGUCGGCCCUGGCCGACGUACACGGCGCCCCCUUGUCCGAUAUGGACUGGUCUCAACCCGACAACGCCAAUUAACAAAUAA